UUUACUCAAAGCCUAUGGGCACAUGCCGGUUAGAGUGUAUGACAGCAGUCAUUCCACACGCACCGUCUUCAGAGUUACUACGUGUCCUUUGACCUUUGUCGCUUCUAAAAUAGAGAAACGACCUUGUGGAGACUUGAGUCAUAGUUGCAGUUGUUGACUGCGCAGUUUUGGCCGCCAGUCAAAGAGUUGCACACGUUGGGCGUCUGAGGUAAAAAAAAAAAAACCCUGCAGGAGUUGUGAUGUUUGUCACUCCAUGAGCACUCAGUCAUAUCGCGGUCUAAAAGUUGCCAUCACUUUUACAUUUUGGACGACUAGCUUCUCCUGGGGGAAUUGAAGACGAAACCUCGAUAGGUAGAAGACUCUUGACAUCACUCCAGUUGCUCGUCUUAUGGGUCCUCUGUGCCUUACAAAUUCCAAGUGACGCCAGAUGAGCUGCAUCAACACGUUCUCCUGAUUUCUACUGUUUCCAUGAACCAGUGGAAGGUGAUGAGGUUGGUGGGGAACCUGCAGCUUGUUCUGCUGUUGGCCACAACCUCCAGGGCCACAGGCCUCGAUAUCCCUCUGGAAGUGGAGCAGCUUCCAACCAUAAUAACGCACACAUCUGGUCCCAUUGUUGCCCUUCCUUUUGACCACACCAUAACUAUUAGGUGUGAAGCCAGGGGCAACCCACCACCAGAAUACAGAUGGACAAAAAAUGGCGAAGACUUUAUCCCUCCCUAUGUCACGACAAACAAAACAGACCACACAGUUGGCACUUUUGUGCUGCGCGAGCACCUCGUCCAGUUUCAGGGUAGAUACCAAUGCUACGCUUUCAACAAGCUGGGAACUGCCAUGACAGAGGAGAUUGAACUGAUAGUUAUCAGUGUUCCCAAGUUUCCGAAGGAGGGAAUUCCCCCCAUUGUAGUUAAGGAGGGAGAGCCAAUCACACUGCACUGUAACCCUCCAGAAGGCGUGACCCCACAUCAGAUCUUCUGGAUGUCUAUUGGUCUCCAGCACAUUGAGCAGGAUGAGAGGGUUUCGAUGGGCAUUGAUGGCAACCUGUACUUCUCUAAUGCCUUACAGAAAGACAGUCGUUCGGACUACUGCUGCUUUGCUUCCUUCCCCAGAAUACGCACCAUCAUUCAGAAAAACGCCAUGGCUGUCAUGGUCAAGAGCUUGAAACCUGACAAUGAAUCUGCUGACAGCAGCAAUGCCACUGAAGCCCCCCCAGUCAGAAUACCUGGCCUGCUGCUGCCCUCUGGUGUUCAGACAGAGAAGGUGCUGUUGAAGGGAGAGAAUCUGCAGCUCGAAUGUAUACCACAGGGAUAUCCCACACCGAAGAUAAGAUGGAUGAAAAUGGGAGACAAGCUGCCUCCACGGACAAAGUUUCUCAACUUUGGCAAACUGUUGAACAUAUCUGCUGUAGAAGAGAGUGAUGGGGGGAAAUACAUGUGUACAGCCCAAAACUCUGCUGGAGAGUUUGCCCACUACUUUGAUGUAAUAGUUGAAGAGCCGCCAAAGUGGCUGACAGAGCCUCCUCAGAGCCAGCUGACUGUGAUUGGGUCUGAUGUUCACAUCAAGUGCUCGGUCAGUGGAAAACCACCGCCAGACAUAAGAUGGAGGAGGAAUGGAGAAUUUUUCAGAGAUGACCCAUCGAACAAUAGGCGAGUGCUUGAUGACACUGUGGUGCUCCAUAACGCCAGACCAGAGGACAGUGCCGUCUACCAGUGUGAAGCCUCCAACAGUCAUGGCAGUAUUCUGGCCAAUAUUAACAUCAUGGUCAUGAAUAUGGCACCUCUGAUACUGACAAGGGACUACCAAGAGUACGCUGUAGUACUAGGAGGGGACAUCAUCAUGAACUGCAGUGUUUUCAGCUCUCCACCACCCACCAUCUCCUGGCAAGUGAUUACCGAGGAGAACAGGGCCAAAGAGGAGACUGCAGAAACCAUUGAGGGGAAACGAUUUUUCUUUCUCCAGAAUGGAUCUUUACAAAUCAUCAGUGCAGAAAAAAACGACAGUGGGAAAUAUGUGUGUGUUGCCUUUAACACCGAGGGUCAGUCAGCUGUCACUGCUGUGCUGGAUGUGAAAGACCCUACGAAAAUAGUAGAUCCACCUAAGGACAUGCAGAUCAUCAGUGGGACCACAGCCCAGUUGAUGUGCCAGGCAGAGUGUGAUAAAAGCCUGCUGGGCACCUUUGAGGUGGUAUGGAAGAAGGAUGGGGAGGAGAUCCCACUUUCCUUUGAGGAACAUUCCAGAUAUUUUGUGGCCAAUGGUGUGCUGCAGAUCAUGAAUGUGAACCUGAGUGAUCAGGGAAUAUACACAUGCAUUGCUAGAACCAGCCUAGAUGAGGACAAUGCCAUUGCUCUACUCACCGUACUGGAUGUUCCCGAUGCUCCAAAAAAUUUAGCGAUAACUGAACUUAAGAGUCCGAGAAAUGUUCGCCUGUCUUGGGUACCCGGCAGUGAUCACAACAGCUCUGUAACAGAAUUUAUAGUGGAGUAUGAGGAGAGCCAAUGGGACACUGGCAAGUGGAAGGAGCUCCAGAAAGUCCCCGGUAACCAGGCAACAGCAGAGCUGGCACUACACGGACACCUUAACUACCAGUUCAGAGUGUAUGCUGUUAAUGCCGUUGGACCUGGACCCCCCAGUGAGCCCACUGAGAGACAUAAAACACCCCCUGCUGCCCCUGAUAGGAACCCAGAAAACAUCCAAAUCCAAGGCCAUUUUCCUCAUCAAAUGGACAUUAGCUGGGAGCCACUGUUGCCUACCGAACAAAAUGGCCCAGGCCUCGAGUAUAAGGUGAGCUACAGGAAACUGGGGGUGGAAGAUGGCUGGAGGGAGCAUCUGGUCAAAAGACACUACUUUGUUGUGAGGAACACGCCCACUUUUGUCCCUUACGAGAUCAAAAUUCAGAGCAGGAACAGCCACGGCUGGGGACCAGAUCCUAAAGUUGUUACUGGUUACUCUGGAGAAGAUGUCGUCUUUUGGCAUUGUCUGCGGGAAAAUGUGUCAGUCCCUACUGCAGCACCACGAGAUGUAGCAGUGGAGGUGAUCAACACCACUGUUCUGAGAGUUAGCUGGACCCCAGUUCCACCUGCCACAGUGAGAGGUCAUCUAGGGGGCUACAAUGUUCACUGGUCGAGAAAACGGAAUCUGCUAAAUCCCAACAAGAUUUUAGAUGAGCGCCAGUCCCUGUCUUUUCCUGGGAAGAGGACUCAUGCAAUCGUGCCGGGCCUCGAACCUUUCUCCGAGUACAGCCUCACUGUCAACGUUUUCAACAAGAAGGGCAAUGGACCCAACAGUGACCCGGCCACUUUCAACACUACAGAGGGAGUUCCUGAGCAAGUGCCUAUCCUGACCGCCUCCAAUGCCCAGAGAGACUCCAUUUUGCUGGUAUGGGGACCACCUCUGGAGGCAAACGGCAUCCUCACUGGUUAUCUCCUGCAGUACCACCUCAUUAAUGAAACCACACUGGAGGUGGUUGAUUCCCAGGAGAUAAACAUCAUUGGGGCUGACACCACCCAGUGGAAGCUUGAGGGCUUAGAGGAGCGCAGCCUCUACCGUUUCCACCUCAGUGCCUGCACUCGAGCAGGUUGUGGACCUCCGCUGGCUCAGGAGAGCAGCACUAUUGCUCUAGCACAUAUGUCCUCGACUCCAGCUGUGGCCCCUGUUCAGAGCAGCCACAACUGCUCUCUCUCCUUUCCCAGCUCUAUCCGAGGCAAUUCUACUCAUCCUCUUUUAGUUCCAGCCCUGGUGAAUAUAAGCUCUUAUGUGAGUGACACCUUUGCCAAAAUCAGCUGGACUGUCAGAGAAGAGCAACAGGACUCGCAGCUUUAUGUGGCUUAUAUGAAUAACCGUGAUGGUAACUGGCGGAUUUCAGAGGCUGUAAACACUUCUCAAAGUUUCCACGUAAUUGUUGGGCUCAAACCUGGGGCGGUGUACACUGUACGCCUCAUGGCCAAGAGGCUGCUCGAUAACGCUAGCAUUUUCGAAGACGUUAUCCAGACUCAAGUCAAAGGUGUGGAAGGUCAGCGGAGCAACUUUUCAACUCAGGGCUGGUUCAUUGGGACCAUGUGUGCUGUGGCGCUGCUCACCCUUGUUGCGCUCAUGGCCUGCUUUGUGCGGAGAAACAAAGGUGGCAAGUAUGCAGGUACGCUGCCGCCGCCCCAGCGACAAGACAUGUUCUCCAUGGAAAAAGUGAAAGAGAAGGAGGACCUCCACCCUGACAUGGAGUCACAAGGAAUGAAUGAUGACACCUUAUGUGAAUACAGUGACAGCGAUGAGAAGCCACUGAAGGCCAGUAGCUUGUGUUCCCUAAGUGGCGAUGACGCAGUGGGGGAUAGUGUCAGCAGAGACAGCCUGGUUGACUACGCCGACGGUGGAGGAGAAUUCAAUGAGGACGGUUCAUUUAUCGGAGAAUAUUCCGGAUGCAAGCACCGAGGCUCUGUUAGCGAGCCCAGUGGACCCAACCCAAUCACUGCAUAAAGCCAGGCUCCAUCUGAAACGAUCUACUUCAAAUCCUUUCAAGAUACCUUUUAAAUUCAGCUUCCCUGGCAUUAAAUAUAGCUUGAAUAGCCAAACAUGGGGGACUAAAAAUGACUCAAGUGUGCAGAAGUUUUUACAGCAGGCAGAAGGGACUGGAAAGGAAAAAAAAAUACCCGCCAUCAGUGUGAAAACCAUAUAUCUUUGUACAUACUGUAAGAGAAUGACCUGUAUCAUUUGAGUGUUUCAUGAUUUUAUUAAUGAUAAUUAAGUGUUUUUUGUACCUAUCAGCCAAAAUCUUCAGCGAUGCACAAUGAUUUUGUUCUUUCACAAAAGGCAGAAGAUCAACAACUAUUUUCUACAAUGUAAAAAAAAACAAACACAUACAGUAGACAUACAGUACACAUGCAUCAACAACAUUGUUCAUUCAUUUAUCACAUAGAGCAGGAUGUCCUAUUUAUUGAAGACAAAAUCGCUCUCGUGAAAUGGAACCAAUAGUCAUAAAUGCUUUACUGUCCAUUACUGUAUAUUUUAUGUAUAUGUUUUGGAGUUUUAUUAAUAUGCAAAUGUAUGAACAUUGAUAAUUUGUUUAUAUGAAUUUUUAUUGCUUUUUAUAUCAAACAGGAAGCAACAACAUAAACAUAAGAACAACAUGAACACAAGGACAAAUUCAAGUAUCAAAUUCCCCUAACCAUGCCCCUGGUUGGUUGAGGGAAUUACAGCAGGGAUAUACUGUAUAAGUUGUUCAGCAAGAAGGUUAAAGUGAUAAGUGUAUUGCAGCAUUUAUCUCUGGAGUGUAAUCAUGAAUACAUUUAUUAAAGGAACUUGUGAAAACUCUAA